AUGAUUGCAAGCGUAGAUUCUACAAAGGCUCCACCAAAUACAUCGUCUUCAAACAUCGUUGAAGGGACCUCCAGCGUUUCUGAACCUAUCACAAAGUCCAAAAAAAAGUUUUCUGCACCAACACAAGUCAUAUCAGUCAAAACCAGCUGCAAAAAUCAAGCAAUUUCCAAUCAGUCUGCUGUUAGGUCACAUGAGCCCUCCGAAUCAAAAAUCCGUCAACAGGCCACUUCUACGCCAAGGGAUCUUGAACAUAUGUCUGUUCUACCGUCUGCGCCUUGUGAUUCUGUAGCUCGCGAGCAGCUUCGUGAACUCGUCCGACGGCAAAGAGAAGCCCAUCACAUAAGAAAGCGUUGCGAGGUUCAACUUCAGCUAGAUGCUCGUGAGCGAAUUAAACGCAACCUCGCCGCGACUGCCGCUGCAGCUUCCGCUGCUGCCUCUACAGCAGUGCCACCCUUUCCU